GGGCCCGGACGGUGGAACGCGCAGGCUAGUGGCUGUGUUUCCCGCCGGAGGCUUUUGCCCAGAGCCCCGCGUCCCUGGGGGGCGGCGGCGGCGGCAGCGCAGGCGGCAGAGGCGCAGGCGGCGGAGGCGGCUGGGGGUCCGGAAGUCAACACCAUGUCAAGUCUGCACAAGAGCCGAAUUGCAGAUUUCCAGGAUGUCCUGAAGGAGCCCUCAAUUGCCUUGGAAAAGCUGCGGGAACUCAGCUUUAGUGGCAUCCCCUGUGAGGGCGGACUGCGGUGCCUCUGCUGGAAGAUCCUCUUGAACUACCUUCCCUUGGAGAGAGCCUCAUGGACCUCCAUCCUGGCCAAGCAGAGGGAGCUGUAUGCCCAGUUCCUGAGGGAAAUGAUCAUCCAGCCUGGCAUUGCCAAGGCCAACAUGGGUGUGUCCAGGGAGGAUGUGACUUUUGAGGACCAUCCACUCAACCCCAACCCUGACAGCCGGUGGAACACGUACUUCAAGGACAACGAGGUGCUGCUGCAGAUCGACAAAGAUGUCCGGAGGUUGUGCCCAGACAUUUCCUUUUUCCAGAGGGCCACUGACUACCCUUGCCUGCUCAUCCUGGACCCCCAGAAUGAGUUCGAAACCCUUCGUAAGAGAGUGGAACAGACAACACUGAAAUCUCAGACGGUGGCCCGGAACCGGAGUGGGGUCACAAAUAUGAGCUCCCCACACAAGAACUCUGCACCAUCAUCCCUAAAUGAGUAUGAGGUGCUGCCCAAUGGCUGUGAGGCCCACUGGGAGGUGGUGGAGCGGAUCCUGUUCAUCUACGCCAAGCUCAACCCUGGCAUCGCUUAUGUGCAAGGCAUGAAUGAAAUCGUGGGGCCCCUCUACUACACCUUUGCCACUGACCCCAAUAGCGAGUGGAAAGAGCACGCCGAGGCAGACACCUUUUUCUGCUUCACCAACCUCAUGGCCGAGAUCCGGGACAACUUUAUCAAGAGCCUAGAUGACUCGCAGUGUGGCAUCACCUAUAAGAUGGAGAAGGUUUACUCCACCUUGAAAGAUAAGGAUGUGGAGCUCUACCUGAAACUGCAAGAGCAGAACAUCAAGCCCCAGUUCUUCGCCUUCCGUUGGCUGACACUGCUGCUGUCCCAGGAGUUCUUGCUGCCUGACGUCAUCCGCAUCUGGGACUCCCUCUUCGCCGAUGACAACCGCUUUGACUUCCUCCUCCUCGUCUGCUGCGCCAUGCUCAUGCUGAUCCGGGAGCAGUUGCUGGAAGGGGACUUCACUGUGAACAUGCGGCUGCUGCAGGACUACCCCAUCACAGAUGUCUGCCAGAUCCUGCAGAAAGCCAAGGAGCUCCAAGACUCAAAGUAGCCUGGCGGCAAGAGGCCCAUGUUCGGGAGAGAAGCCUCCCGACCCUGUGCCCUGGCUCCUGGGACACACAGAAACCUGUAGGAACCCAGCCUGAGGGGAAGCCACAGGAUUGGCCCGAGACCCAGGCCAUGCCCACUGGGGACACACUGUGCCGUGCUCCUUCUUCUGCCGCCACGCCCAGUUCCCCACCUGCCCUGCACUCUGCCCUCAUUGCCCAGGAUACUGAGGAGGGCUGGAGCUCAGGAAGUUGUCCUUCCUGGGCCAGGGCCGUUUCUGGCACUGGGAGGCUGGCAGGGGCCCCUCCCUGCCUCGGCUCUGCCGCCCCAGCCUCGGUUCCUGCUUCUGGUCUUCUCCUGGGCGCCAGUCAGGGGAGGUGCUUGGCCAAUGGGCCAGAAACCGCUUCUGAGCGGGGCGCUUUGGCUGCUCCACAGGGAAGGUGACACUGAAAGCUGAGUUCUGCCGUCUGUCUCACCCACAGAUGUCUGUCUGUAGUUGGUCGGUGUGAAUGUGGGCCCAGGUCCCCAGGCGUCUCGCGCGCGCGUGUGUGUGUGUGUGUGUGUGUGUGUGUGUGUGUCUCUCUCUCGUGUGUGUGUGUGUGUGUGUGUGUGUGUGUGUGUGUGUGUGUGUGUGUGUGUGUGUGUGUGUGUGUGUGUGUGUGUGUGUGUGUGUGUGUGUGUGUGUGUGUGUGUGUGGCCUCCGGGUCUCCCAGCCCCUCCUUCUCUGUCUCUACCUCUCUGCCUGUCUCCUUCCGCUUCCUUCCCAGAGUGGGACUGUGUCUUGCUUCAUGUUUCCUCUCUCCAUUAUUCUCCCUGCCCUUCUCUGUUGGGGUGCCUUAUCCUGAGCCACCUCCUCUCCCCGCUUCCCUCUGCUCCCCUGAACCUGGGAGACAGAUGAGGAGGCUGGCUCAGCAAGGCCUCUGGAGGUCAAGCUUGGCCUUUACCUCCUGUUCCCAUCCCCCAGCCCUGGCUCCCGGGUCCUCCCAACUGGGAGGGAGUCCUCCGUGCCUCACUUAGAGGGUUCUGAACCCGUUCCCUACAUAGAAAUCUUGGAAACCAAAUGCUGCUGAGUAAGGAUGAAGCUUUGAGCCUCCUGCCCCUGCUUUCUGCCCAGGGAGGGAGAAGGAAGAGGGGGAGCUGGUUUUUCUGGAGGCUCCUCCAGAGGCCCUCCUGUCCGAAAAGAAAAGGACCUUGAUUCUGAGCCCAGGGUCGGAACCCGUUGCUUCAGAAGAGUUGUCAUUCCCUCGGCUUCCAGGUCCCAACCCAGGGUGAGUGAGUCCCACAAAGGGCAAGUGGGGCCUGAGGAAGCCUCUCUGGGGCCGGGGAUAGCUGAGCUUAAAGGCCCUGGGUCCUGUGAGUUCCAGGAGGGCCAUGUCUAUGCCUCUGUGUACCCCUCCACCCGCUGCGGGCUGAGGGAGGUGCAGGGCCUUCUCUGACCCCUGCCUGAGCUGUUCCCAGGGCUGGAGCAGGUGUACCCUGAGCAGAGGCAGCUGGCCGCUCCCAGUUCUCACCAAGUCACCUCCCUCCUUGUACAAGGUUUGCGUCCAGAAGCCGGGUGCCCUAGUGAGGACCCUCGUCCUCCAGAGUGGCUGGCAGGAGUCAGGCCUCAGCAGCCCUCCUGCCCCCAAAGCCUUCCGAGUCUGGUGGGCAGGACUUCUCGCUGCCCUCCCAAGCCCGGCUGUGGGCCAGAAAUGGCUUCCCCAGGUGGCUCUUCUACCAGGCUUUUCCUUGGAUGCCGCCUGGAUUUCUGUACCUGCCUUUCUGUCUCCUCUCCCAGAGCACAGUAUUUGGGAGACUUCGACUAUUUAUUCAGACUCCUGGCUAUGUAUUGCACAUUGGCAAGUGCUCUGGGGAUGAGGCGUGGGUGUAGGAAGGUAGAAAGGAGUUGGAGACAAGAUCCUCUUCAUUUUCCAAGAUCAAAGUCAGCCUCUUCUCCCCAUGCUUCUAGGACCUGCCUGGUUUUCCAGCAGGUCCUGGCUGGGCGGGCUCUGAGUAGUGUCCUGGAAUUGAGUGUAAAGAUGGGAAGAGAACUGAACUGACUCCAGGACCUCCAGGAUGAGGCAGAGACAUGAUGCUUCCUGCUCACCUGGGCCACCCUCUCUCCAGGACUUGUCAGCUGGUGGUUCAGUCCCUUCUCCAACCCCUUCACAACCUUGGGCCACUGCCUGGGACACAACAGACACUGCCCAGGACUCCUAAUGCACUCGCUCUUGUCUGCCCCCUACCUUCCCUCCUGGGACCACACUACUUGAAUCACCAUUAAUUUGCCUCGCUGGCAGAGUUGGGUCAAGUGCCCUCUCCUCGACCUUGAGAUGAAGGUCAAGAGCACAGGGACCAGGCCUUGGUUAGGCUGAGCUCCCAGCAGGACACCGCCUGCAGAAAGGACCCGCCCUGAUAAUGUCCCUUCCCCAGAUUCUCAAGCAGAUGCCCAAGGGAGGUCCCCACAGAGCCAGAGUACCUGAGGCUUCCUGCUUGAGAACCUGCCCCCUGGAUCUUGGACACUUACAGAUUGAGCUGUAUGAAUUCAGCAGGUCUCACUCCAGAGGGUUAGAACAUUUGCUUUAGUUUUUUCAUCUGUUUUGUUCCUUGAGUCAGUGCUGUUGAUGAUGAGUUGUCUUGAAUAAAUCAUGUGUUCUUUGCAA